CAAAAAACGGUAGUUUCAGAUGCGCAUUUUGACUCCUAUUGAAAUCAAACCCCAUCAUUUACAAUUCACAUCCCUCAAAACCCUAAUUUCAAAUCUUCCCCAAAUCGUAACUCACAAAUCAUGUACAGCAACUUCAAAGAGCAAGCAAUCGAGUACGUAAAACAAGCCGUGCAAGAAGACAAUGCCGGCAAUUACGCCAAGGCCUUCCCUUUAUACAUGAACGCUCUCGAAUACUUCAAGACCCAUCUCAAAUACGAGAAGAAUCCCAAGAUCAAGGAGGCUAUUACGGCGAAAUUCACCGAGUAUUUGCGUCGGGCGGAGGAGAUUCGGGCGGUUCUUGAUGAUGGCGGAAACGGGUCGGGUCAGAAUGGGGGUGGGGAUGGGGGAAAUGGGUCAGUGGUGGCGAAGCCGAAAGCGAAAGGGGGAGGUGGGGAAGGGGGGAAUGGGGAGGGGGAGGAUCCGGAGCAGGUGAAGCUGAGAGCGGGGUUGAAUUCUGCGAUUAUUAGGGAGAAACCGAAUGUUAAGUGGAAUGAUGUUGCGGGGUUGGAAAGUGCGAAGCAGGCGUUGCAGGAGGCGGUUAUUUUGCCUGUUAAGUUCCCGCAGUUUUUUACGGGAAAAAGAAGGCCAUGGAGAGCUUUUCUUUUAUACGGGCCUCCUGGAACUGGGAAGUCAUACUUAGCUAAGGCUGUUGCAACUGAAGCAGAUUCUACAUUUUUCAGUAUUUCUUCUUCGGAUCUGGUUUCUAAGUGGAUGGGUGAAAGUGAGAAAUUAGUAUCAAAUCUUUUCCAAAUGGCUCGUGAUAGUGCUCCUUCUAUCAUCUUUAUUGAUGAAAUAGAUUCUUUGUGUGGGCAACGUGGAGAAGGCAAUGAAAGUGAAGCUUCCAGACGCAUUAAAACUGAACUUCUUGUGCAAAUGCAGGGUGUUGGGACAAAUGAUGAGAAAGUCCUUGUUCUUGCAGCUACAAAUACACCCUAUGCUUUGGACCAGGCUAUUAGGCGAAGAUUUGACAAACGUAUAUACAUUCCCCUUCCAGAAGGAAAAGCACGACAACACAUGUUCAAGGUGCAUUUGGGAGAUACCCCCCAUGAUUUGACAGAAAGUGAUUUCGAAAUCUUGGGUCAUAAAACAGAAGGGUUUUCUGGUUCUGAUAUCUCAGUUUGUGUCAAAGAUGUCCUCUUUGAACCUGUUCGGAAAACCCAAGAUGCCAUGUUUUUCGUUGGAUUAAAUGAUGGUACUUGGGUACCAUGUGGACCAAAGCAGCGGGGCGCUGUUCAAACAACAAUGCAGGAUCUUGCUGCCCGAGGACUUGCUGCAAAGAUUGUUCCACCUCCUAUAUCAAGAACAGAUUUUGAUAAGGUCCUUGCUAGGCAGAGGCCUACGGUGAGCAAAUCUGACCUUGAUGUACAUGAGAGAUUCACUACAGAGUUUGGGGAGGAAGGCUGAGCAGCUGAAUCACACCAACAUAUGUAAUCACAGAGGUUGAAGAAAUCAAAAAGUUGGUGGAAUAGAAGAUAUAUCUUAUGUAAGUUAUAAUUUCAUCCAUUUUACUGGAUUUUGGGACAUCUACCAAAAGCUUUCCUCAAGCAGAGGUAUACUAUGAGGCAUCUGCGACUUUGCAUUUUAUGAUUCUGCCUAGAGGGAGGGAUUCCAAGUUGUAUUUAACUCUUCCCCAUGUGCUUGUUUUAUCACUGUAAAAAAGCGUUGCAGUUGGUGUUGUUGAAUCUGAUGAAUUUAUGCUAAUCUCUAUAGUUGACCAAGCACUUGAUCAUCUUAAGCCGAUUUGAUUGUUGAUA